AUGACGUACACCGGUGAGCGAAGUCUGUGUGACGUUGACGUCGAUACUCGCACUGUGGAGGAAGCAGCGCGAGCGCCUGGAUUAAAGACACGGCCAACAGCUGCGCGUGACAGGUGAUGAAGAAGACGUAUGGUGGAGAUGGACCUCCUGGACCUCCUGACGGUGGUUAUGGUUGGGUGGUUGUCACCUCAGCGUUCUUCAUCAUGGGCCUCACUACUGCUGUUCUCAAGAACUUUGGCAUUUUCUUCUUGGACAUUCAGAGUCACUUUGGCGUCCAGACCAGCACCACGUCCUGGGUCACAUCCACCACCAUUGCCAUGUUUCACCUCGCAGCUCCCGUGGCGAGCGCUCUCACUCUGCACUUGUCUCAGAGAGCGGUCGUCAUGAUCGGUGGAUUCCUCGCUGCCUCUGGGAUGAUUCUCGUGUCUCUGGAGCUUGGAUUAUUCUGGCUCUACAUCACCAUGGGAUUACUGCAGGGGGCGGGCAUUUCCCUCUCGUGGAUUCCCGCCAACAGUAUGGUGAGUCACUACUUUGGCCGGCGGCGUCCUCUGGCCGUGGCCCUGUCCAGCUGUGGCGAGUGCGUCUUCUCGGUUCUGUUCGCUCCGUUCUUCCAGUGGCUGGUGGACGCGUACGGCUGGCAGGGAGCCUUGCUCAUUGUCGGAGGUCUGCAGCUGAACCUAUGUGUGUGCGGCGCCCUCCUCAGGCCUCUGGACGUGCCCCCGCUCUCAGAGAACAAAGGCGACGGUCACAUGACGUUCCAGUGCUCCCUGCUGAUGAAGCCUGAACUUGUCCUCUACAUCCUGUUUGCCGUCUUUGCAGCUGCAGGAUUUUUUAUCCCGCCUAUCUUUCUGGUGCCCUUCACUAACAGGGCGGGGCUUGAAGACUACUGGCCCGCCUCCAUCCUGUCCAUUUUGGCACUGGCUGACCUGAUGGGAAGGUUGGUCUGUGGAUGGGUCGCCACCUUGAGGCUUCUGAGGAACCUGCAGCUGCUCACCCUGGUGGUCACUCUGGUGGGCGUGGUGCUGCUGCUGCUGCCGCUCAGUCACAACUACUGGUCGAUCGCGGCGUUCGCUGCACUUUACGGCUUCCUGUUUGGCUGCGUCGUAGCCAUUCAUGUCACCGCCCUCGUGGACAUCGUGAAACUAGAGGGAUUCGACAGCGGACUCGGGCUGUGGAUGUUGUUCAGGAGCAUCGGCGGCUUCAUGGGUCCACCUGCUGCAGGUUGGCUCGUGGACCAAAGCCACGACUACAGCGCCGCCUUCUACCUGUCGGGUCUGUGCCUCAUCGCCUCCGCCGUGUUUGUCGUCCUCGUCGACCUCCUGCUUCAGAGGAGAAGAGCCGCCGAGCGCGAGGACGGGGACGAGUGAGGACAAUGAGGACAUUUCUUCUUUUUCUUUUUUUUUUAAACUCUGGUGCUGAAACUCAAAUCU